GACAGUUCACACCUAGGUACCUAACCUCCACGGAAGUGGUCAACACUCUAUGGAGGUUACAAGAAGUCAUCACACUCUGGAGCCCGGGCAGAAUUCAGACGGCUGCCACUCAGUCAUUGUGCUCUGUCGCUGAUGCCCUUUCAACCACCCCCAUGAACGAAAAGGACCUGAUAAAAGUUACCUUUCACCGAGCAAGUACUGGAGAAUACCACUGCCCUGUAUUGUACAAGCCCCUCACCAACACCUCUCACGUGGUUGCAGUCAAGACAACUGGCCAUACACAGCUGAAUAUUAAAGUCAACAACUGGAGGGAGCUCCUCACAGACAAGCCCUUCACCCGCAAUGACUUGAUUAUCAUCCAGGAUUCUCAAGACCUGACCAAGUUCAACAUCAGCAAGUUCAUCAUGUCCUCGUUCAGAUGCAUCCAUGAGACUGAGAAUGUUUCACGAGAUACUCAGCAGAUCCUGGAAGAGUUCAACAAAACCUACACAGAUGAUGGUCCAAAGGAGGAAGCAGGAGAACGAGUAGUAGCAGAUAAAUUUAAUGCGAAAUACAAAUUCUUUAACUCUUUAGAUAUGAUAAGUGAUGUUUUGACAAGUUUAAUGCAGACUGACAUUCUCAGAUCAAAAGCAGCAGUACUAGAAGACGAUGUGUUGUCAGAUAUCAGAGGGUUAAAAAAAAGGGUUAUGUUUCCCUCAAGAAAAUUUGGGUACAUUGAACUUGAAGUGUACUGUUACACCGUACCAAAGCCUUCCAGAGAACUCAAUAAGAGUGUGUCGUUCAUACAAGGAGGAGAUCAGAAGGUACAGGCAAAGGUGGAGAGUCCAUUUGGGGAACCAUCAAGGAUGAAUUUCGGCCCAACUGUCCAUAAGGGAAGAGGAGUUCUCUCUAUGGCCAACUCAGGGACUGACACCAAUUAA